AAACAUGCCCAAGGUUGUUAUAUAUACCAACAUACCAGACAAGCCACCGGCAAAGUCGUAGAACACUAUUUCGAAACAACAAGUACAAGAAUUAAAAUGAACGGCAUCAAUACAAAACAUUUUGAAACGGGCUCCAAGUGUCCGCCAAUCGAUCCAGAAAAGUUGACCGUCUAUAACAUGAGAUAUUGUCCGUUUGCUCAACGAACCAUUCUGGUCUUAUUGAAGAAAAACGUUCCCUUUGACACCAUCAACGUGAGUCUAUCCAAGAAACCCGAAUGGUUUUUGGAGCGAAAUCCUCUCGGCAAGGUCCCUGCCAUUCAAAUUGGCGACAAGAUCAUUUACGAGAGCAUGAUCACUGUGGAUUACAUCGACCGUGUCUACGGCGGCAAAACAUUGAACCCCAAGGAUCCUUACCAAGACGCUUUAGACAGGAUGUUAAUUGAGAGAUUCACUCUGGCUCUUCCACCCCAUUACCGACUCUUUUACGGUCAACCCUCCGAAAUCACGCCUGAGCAACGAAAGGAAUGGUCGCAGGAGAUGCUGGAUAAGCUCUACGUUUUGGAAGAGGCUCUCUUGGAACGACAGACUCCAUACUUUGGAGGGGAUUCACUCAUGAUGGUGGACUACAUGAUUUGGCCGUGGUUUGAACGGAUUUUGGCCAUGCCUGCAUUCGCUCCGGAAUGCGUUUUGGACCCGAAAAGAUUUGGGCGUUUGGUGAAAUGGAUCGAGCUGAUGGAACAGGACUCGGCUGUCAAAGCUUAUCGCGUUACCACUGAGGACUUCCUCGAAUUCCGGCGCUCAAAAUUGGAAGGCAACACCAACUAUAACAUUAUUGCCGAUCGACAGUAAAACCGUGGUCGUAACAACGCCUGCCUAUUUCGAAUAAUAAAGGUCCUCAUAUCUUUUCCUUUCCAUU